UUGAGCUCCGAUGCGCAGGAUCCCCUCCCUCUAACUCCGUCUCACUUUCUGAUAGGUGAACCGUUAACAGCUAUCCCCGACGUUUUAUUUGUGGAUGAAAAUCCGGGUAGAUUAUUCAGGUGGCGUUUGAUACAACAAUCGGUUCAACAUUUCUGGAAAAAGUGGAGCUUAGAGUAUUUGCAUGAAAUUCAACAACGUGGCAAAUGGUUCACCAAUCGUGGAAAUCCGGUCCGUGAAGGCAUGAUUGUGGUAGUAUGCGAUGAUAACCUUCCACCUUUACAAUGGCGACUUGCGCGUGUACACCAUCUGCAUCCAGGUUCUGAUGGGAUUACGCGUGUUGUAACUCUCCAAAUUGGGAAAACAUAUUUGAAGCGACCAGUUAAUAAAAUUUGUCCACUUCCUAUAGAAUAA